GUUAUUUACAUCGAUUACAUCGACACUUGACAGUUCUGUGCUCGAUAGGUAAUGCCUUUUCUGAAUCCACGUGCAGUUGUUUAGGAAAAGAUGGCGGCUCCCUCUACUGAUAUUGAAGCGGUCGCUACAAAAAAGCCUAAUGUGCGAGGUCCAAGAAGAGUGGCCAAUCAGAUUCCUGAUGAGAUCCUCAAAGAUCCAGAGCUCACCGACGCCAUCAAGACUUUGCCAGCCAACUACAAUUUUGAGAUCCACAAAACAAUAUGGCGGGUGCGACAAGCCAAAGCAAAGAGGGUGGCCUUGCAGUUACCUGAAGGUCUGCAGAUGUUUGCCUGUGUGAUCGCGGACAUCAUUGAGAGAUUUACAGAAGCGGAUACUCUGGUGAUGGGAGAUGUGACUUAUGGGGCUUGCUGUGUGGACGACUUCACUGCCCGCGCUUUGGGAGCCGACUUCAUGGUGCAUUAUGGCCACAGUUGUCUCAUCCCUAUAGACUCUACCGAGGGAAUCAAGAUGCUGUAUGUGUUCGUAGACAUCCAGAUUGACACUGCCCACUUUCUGGACACGCUCAGGUUCAACUUUCCCCCCGGCCACUCGCUCGCCCUCGUCAGCACCAUCCAAUUUGUUGCUGCUUUGCAGGCAGCCAGUGCGGAACUGAAGCCAGAUUACGAGGUGCUGGUGCCUCAGUGUCGCCCACUUUCUCCCGGGGAGAUCCUCGGGUGCACCUCACCACGUCUGGAGAAGCAUGUCAACGCUAUCAUAUAUCUUGGGGAUGGAAGGUUUCACUUGGAGUCCAUCAUGAUCGCCAACCCAGAAAUACCUGCAUACAGGUAUGACCCAUACAAUAAAGUGUUUUCUCGAGAGUAUUAUGACCAUGAAGCCAUGAGGGCCAUCAGACUGCAGGCCAUAGAGAAGGCCCGCUCAGCCCAAAGAUGGGGUCUUAUCCUGGGCACCCUCGGCCGGCAGGGCAACCCUAAAAUCUUGGAGCAUUUAGAGUCUCGUUUGGAGUCUUUGGGCCGGUCGUACACUCGAGUGCUUCUGUCUGAGAUCUUCCCCAGCAAACUGGAGCUUCUCGCAGACGUGGACGCGUGGGUGCAGAUAGCAUGUCCUCGGCUUUCCAUCGACUGGGGAACGGCUUUCUCCAAACCUCUGCUGUCUCCUUAUGAGGCAGCUGUAGCACUGCAGCAGGUGGAAUGGCAGGAGGUUUAUCCUAUGGAUUUCUAUUCCAAUCAAAGCCUGGGGGCUUGGACCCCCAAUCACCCAGAACACCAUCCACAAAGACCUGUACGCAAACCUGUGCAGAAGCCAAGUUCAGAUGCAGGUCAGCAGAUGAGAGGCUGUGGUCGGGACCAGAGCGCCUCCUGUGGCUGCCAGGCAGAUUAAAAUCUAACCCUUUACACCAGCAAUCUGCCAGCCAACCACAGAUCAUCGUGGACAUCUGCAGGAGACAAGCAGGCCAAUCAAAACUCAGCGUUCAGCUCUGUUAUCUCACUAUGGAUGGCAGAGCUUUUCAGUGAUGUGCCCGCAAGAGACUACCAAAUCAGACCUCUAUCGACAUUGUGCCAUGAGUAUGUGUUUAAAAUAAAAUGGGGAUAAGAGGAACUCGCAAAAGUUACAGAGAUAAAUGCAUAAGUGCGCCAGGGUGUAUUUUGGUGUCCUGUUCUGUGCGUGUGGAGAGAGAGAAUCAGAGCUCAGCCGAAUGAGCAGUUUUUCAUCUUGUGCUAUGCGGAUGGCUUUAGUUAAAUGCAAUCAUCUUGGCCUUCAUUUAGAAAGGAGCUGCCAAGCACUUUUCAUAGGUGACCUUCUUCUUUUGAAAAUUACGGUGGGGAACCGGAGCAUAUUCAGAAUUAUUCCUCUGCGGAGAAAGAUAAUUCACAUUCAGAGCUCAGGCUUUUGUGUUUCCCGUUUGGCCAUCGGAAGUUCUCCAACAUAAAGGAACUUUUGUGAACGUUUUGCACAGGGCACAUUUUUAGUUAGACGCAAAAUAAACUGUUUACGGUUGACUGUCAA